UCAGGAUAAUUCAGUCGAGUUUUAAACUUACUCAAGUGUUGACACUGAGUAUUCAAAAUACGAGUUGUGUUUGCUCGUACUCACCCGUAGAAACACUUUUCAUUGAGGAUCAUAGAAUAAUGACUUAAUUAAAGUUUAUAAAACGUGAAAAACUAAAACCCAAAAAAAAAACGAAAAAGAAAAUUAACUUGAACUCGAAGUAAGAAUAUCAAGAAGAGUCCUGUUUGUUUUUCAAGUGAACUUAAGUUUUAAGAUUACAAUUUUUUUGUUUUGUUGAGUUCAUAAAAAUAAAGAACAACAAAAAUCUAAAACCAAAUAAAAGUUUGCUUACUUCUGGAAAAAGAAAUACACAAAAAUAUACUCCAUAAAACCCCCAAUUAAAAUUGACCCAGUGAGUGUUUUUGAAGGCAAUUAGUUGUCCUCGUUGAUAAAAAAUCUAUCGCUCAGUAUCACCUAAGAAUAUACAACAACAACAACAACAAAAAUAAAAUAAAAUAUGUCCAUUGCAAUGUGGUACUUUCUACCCUUUGGGGUCCUUUUAGUAAUGUUACCACUCAAUGUGGCUGGAAUUGAUUUGAGCCGUUUGUAUGGGCACAUGGGACAGCCAAUUCAAAAACGAAGUGACGCAUGCCAUCCGUAUGAACCGUUCAAAUGUCCUGGCGAUGGUAACUGCAUUUCAAUACAAUAUUUAUGCGAUGGCGCCCCUGAUUGUUCCGAUGGCUACGACGAAGAUAUGCGACUUUGUACAGCAGCUAAGAGGCCACCUGUUGAAGAGACAGCAUCAUUCUUGCAGAGCUUAAUAGCUUCUCAUGGUCCUAAUUACUUGGAAAAGUUAUUCGGAAGCAAGGCUCGAGAUGCACUUUCGCCGCUUGGUGGAGUUGAAAAGGUUGCAAUAGCAUUGAGUGAAUCGCAGACUAUUGAGGACUUUGGUGCUGCUUUACAUCUCAUGAGAUCUGAUUUGGAACAUCUUCGAUCCGUAUUUAUGGCUGUUGAAAAUGGCGACUUGGGAAUGUUAAAAUCUCUCGGUAUAAAAGAUUCCGAACUGGGCGAUGUGAAGUUCUUCCUCGAAAAGCUUGUCAACACCGGUUUCUUAGACUGAGUAGCACCAGAUCCAGCUUCUGGAUUUUAUUAUGCAUAUGCCCAACCCAUCAAUCCAAGUUUUUAUUCCUAUCUCGGCUCUCCAUACAUGGAUGGCUACAAUUAUUAAUUUUAUCAAAAUCAUCAACGAAUUUCUCUAAAAUUUUAAUUUAUUUUAAAUAAUUUAAUUUUUCUCUUUCACGUUUUUUGUGUUUACUUAAUUUUAAUCACUUAAUAUAUACAUAUAAAACAAAAAAAAACAAAAACACAUACAAAACUAUCUGCUCUCUACUAUUUAUUACAACAACAACAAAAAACUGAAAAACAUAUAUAUUUUCUUGUGUUUAACAAAAAUAUGUAUAAAUAAGUAUGUGGAAGCAGGAUCGGAUAAAACAAUGAAUAAACAAAAAUGUUAAAAUUCUUUAAAAAAAUAAAAGUAAACAAUAUUUUUUAGUUUUGUUUAAGCCAAAAACUUAAUGAUAAUAGACGUCAAUAACUAAUAAUACAUAUUUAUCUUUAAGGCUCUCCAAAAAUGUUUUAUCGGCAAAGAAUUUAAGAAUUUAAAAAAAGUAAAAAACUAAAUAACUAAUCUCACACUUAUCUUAUGAAUGAAACAUGGUUUAAUCUUUACAGACAAAAUAGUAUCAAUGUGUAACUAUACUAUUUACAUAUAUAAUUGUUUACCUAUUUAUAAAUGUAGCUUUCUAGAUCCACUCUAACUAUAACUAUUAUCAUCAACUAAAAUUUAAAAAUAUAUAAAAGAUGUAAGAAACAUAAAAUUAGUUUCGUAGCAUAAUUCAAUAUUAUUAUUUUUAAAAAGCACAAAAACAGGAAAAAAUAUUACCUAUAUAAAAAAAUCAGACUUGCUCUCUAACAUAUCGGUCAAGUGGGGUUAAUUUACUUUGUCCUGAAGUAGAAAUCAAUCCAAUCAAUCAUAGAAUAGAUUGAAACAAUGCAGAUUAAAUCUGAAAUCCGCAUCUGCACAUGAUAGAAUGUUUUUGCUACUUUUAAUUUUUAGUUUUUACUUUUCAGCUUUUUCAGCUAACCGCUAAGGCAGCUGUUGGUUAAUGUUGUGAUAUGUGUAAUUUAAUAAAAAACAUACACGGAAAAUUUAUAAAAUAAACUACUUACAAAAAUAAAAGAAAACAAAAAAUAUAUUUUAGUAUUCGCAGGGAUGGGAAAAAUCACCAACAUUUUUGUUGAAUUGUUUAUUUUAGGGACAAGUGGCAUAUAAACAAAUUAAUUGUGUGUUUUUUUUUAUUCCUAUAUUAUUGUUGACAAACAAAAAUUAAACUUUUAUAAAUGCCUCUAUAGAUGUCUCAAGUAAAAAUGUUAUUUUCAUUUCUUUUAAAAAUCAAAUUUACAUUCUUAAACUUAAGAUUUAAAAACCAGAGAAAAACAAAAUAAUUGACAAUUAGCAUAAGAUCCAAAAAUACACGAAUAAAGAAAUUUUAAAAAAUAAUGGAGUUAAGUACCUUAAAUUAGAAUGUAGACCUACUAAGAUAAAAUAUCUGUUAGAGAUGAAUAUAAGUCAAGAAGUCAAUUUUUUCAGUGUUUCAUAAUUAUGUCAUACAUAGAACAACAUACAUAAGUGGCCAGCUAAUAAUUUCAAGGCAUAUCUUGUAGAUACUAGGGCAAACCAAAACUAUUUUGAUGUCUCGAAUAAGCUAUGAAGCUUAGAAAUCAGUAUCUAAAUUGAGUUUAUUUCCAACACUCGCAGCCAAUUUUAAAAUACAAACAUUUGCUGCUUUUAUGUGGCAUUUUUGUAAUAUUUUUUUCAUACGGAUUCCAUGGUUUUUCUUUUGAGAAACAUUAAAAAUUGUAUAUUUAGGGCAAACUUCUUAUUAUAUACUAUAUAUUGUGUACAAUCGAACGAAGCAGCAAAAUUUAAAAAUUAAAAAAAAAGUGUUUCAUAUCAUAUACAUGUCAAAAACAUAUCAAAUAAUACAUAUCAAGAAUAAAUACCUUAUAAAAUAUAUAAAUUAUACAUAAAUAUACUAUAAAAUAAAAAUAUUAUAUAAGAAAAACAUAAUAUAAAUUUACUGUUUACGGUGGAACUGUAUUUUUUGAAAGCAUACAUUAUGUUUCACCCAAAGUGAAAGUAUAUGUAGUUAUAAUAACGUUUCUUCAAAAUAGUACAACAUGCGGUGGCAUAGAACUGCAAACAAAUAAAAAUCACUACACAUAUCAAACAUUUGCCAAAAUUCUAACACCUUUUUGGAUCUUGGUGAAAAGUUUAAAAAUUGCUUGUUUAUAAAACAAAACUCUGACCCAAAUUGAAAAAUACAAUCAACUAUAACACCAUUCAUUGAUUGAUUGAUUUUAAAACAAACUCUAGUAAACCAUUCACUGACAUUCAAAAACUAAAGCUUUUUUUAGAAUCCACAUAAAUAAAUGUCAACUCAACUUAAAGCACCACAAUCACAAAAACUGUAAUAAUGCACAUGUUACAUGGAAGUCUUUAAAAAACAAAAAGAAUACAAUACAAAAUACACACUUACAGCUCUCUAGAAACUAUAUAUUUAAUGUGUAAAUUUUUUAAGUUUUUACUCAACAAAUGACGGAAUUUAUGAUGAUAAACAUUUUUCGGUUUUAGUUUUCAAAAAUCAUUAUUUUUUGGUAUUGUAUGUGAUGAAAAGACAAAACGAAACAACUAAUAUUGAUUAAAGUUAGUAAAUAAAAUGUUUACUAAAAUAAAAUGCAAGAAUAAAAAGAAAUUGUGUAAACGAAGAAACGUUUUAUUUUCAUUUUGGAAUUAUAAAAAUAUUAUAUAUUUAUUAAGUGUGUUUCUAUUUUAUAUUUCACUCAUAUAUUUAUACCAUAUAUUUUAUAAUCUUUGUUCAAAAAUAAAAAAAAUAUAAAUAAUACAAAAAUAUUAUGUUAUUGUUGAUCAAUAAAGUAAUAUUUAAAAAAAAAAUAUUUAUGAUAUCAAUAAAUUUUUAAAAUUCCAGUAUAAGUGUUUGAAA